AUGGUUGCAGAAAGCAGCCCAAACACCUCUAUAAACUCAUGGCGUUGCAAUGUGAAUUCCUACUCUUCCAAUGACGCUUACGCGGACAACGUCGAAUACGUGCUUGCGGAUUUGAUGAACGUCACUCCCAACGCCGGCUACGAUUACUACACUCGGUCGCCUUCCAAGUCGGCCGUCUGCUACGGCCACGCCACAUGCUCGUCGGCUCUCUCCUACAACGACUGCGCCGACUGCCUCACUGCAGCCAGGUCCUCUGUCAAGGACAUAUGCGCCGCCAAAAUCGGCGGCGAGGUGGACCUGGUCGACUGCACCAUUAGAUAUGAGAAUUACUCUUUCUAA